CGACUGCAUAUGGGUCAUGCAGUUCGUUAAGUGUCACUUGUCAUUUAGAAGCUGUGUUCGGUAGAAAUGAGCCGCUGUAUUAUUUUUUAUCUUUCAAAUGUAAAGAUGAUUGCUUCGUGUAGUUGUACGUCAGUGGAGCGACGCUUUCGGGAUAUGUGGUAACGGGCCGAGUCCUUCAAAUUUGUAGAGGGUGAACUAUUGUGACAAGGACAAAUUGAAGUUAUUUACCUGCGAAUUAGUCCAGCAACCAAUCAUAUGUCAGCUCUCACAGAUAAAAAUGACAAUGCCACUGAAAUCCCUCUCAUCGACUUCGAAGCGAAGAUUGAUUCGCACACGCUUAAAAUUGAUUCACCUAAACAUCAAAAAAAGUCCAAAACCUUCGAGGUACCUCAUAAGAAAACUACACCUUUCGUUCAUAUCGAAGAGUGUGUACCCCUUCUCAUUGAAGACAUUCCUAACAUUGCAUUUCCGCUGGGUUCCAAAACCAAUAAGUCAGUGUUCGGGGUACCAUUUCGAAGGAUAAUGAUCUACGGCCAUUUGAUUCCGCUCAAAUUUAAAUGCAACAACAACGAACGAAUCUAUUCAAUUGACGACGGGACAGGAUCGAUAACCGUUCACCAUCAAUAUACUAAGGAACGCACAGAAUUGGCCAGGAAAAUAGAUGGUUUGAACUCGCAAGUGAUGCAUGUUAAAAAGAAUGGUUACCUACAAUUGGGCCAGGAAUAUGCUGAUCCUAAGGGUAAGGAGUGUCAGGAGAUAGUAGACUGCAUGGAAAUACUUUUACGUAGAAUUAAAAAGCAAAUAUACUUGCCAAAUGAGUAUUAUCGACGCGGCAGUAAGGUCUCAGUGGUUGGGAACCCAUAUCGCGCUAGAAACGGCGACAUUGAAAUUUGGGCGUAUGAAAUCACUGAGGACAUUGACCAAGAUAGAAGUAAGGAAAUUUGUUUCAAGAGAAACUUGGCUAGAAUGUAUCAAAAUGUUUACAAGACAAAUGAAGCGACGAGUCGUGAUAAGUAAUAUAAAGUAAAUAAUACAUGUGAUCUUUUUGUAUUUAAGUUACAGCCAAUGACGUUAUCUAAUUUAAUAAACCAGAAAAAAAAUCUUA